UCGAAGAGCUCCGUCGUCCUGGUAAACAAAGACGGUUCCUACUGAACAACAAGACGACAAUUCUAUCGCUAGCCCAAGCACUCGAUUUACGAAAUGGCAGGCGACGAUACCAAUCCCUCUGGCCGACAACGCGCGCGAUCGACGUCCCGCUCUCGUCCAACGACACCGCUUCGCCCAUCGUCACGUUCUUCGUUCCGUGACUCGGCUCGCAACAGCGUGCAGGGCGAGGCCCCUUUCCCUCUCAACGCGUUCGAGCCAGCCUUUGCCGAGCUAUCUGACGCCAUGGCCGACCUUGAGGCCAACAUGAUGCACUUUCAGUUGAUGCACGAGAGCCUGGCCCGCUUUAGCGAAAGCUUUGCGAGCUUCCUGUAUGGGUUGAACAUGAAUGCGUUUUGUGUCGAUUUCCCAGAGGGUCCGAUAACGGAGUCAUUCAAGCGUAUGAAGCUGCAGGAAGAGCAGCAGCAGCAGCAGCAGCAUAAUAUGACAAGGGUCCCUGAGCGGAUGACGGCCGAGACCGACACCGAGGCUACAUUCAUGACGACGGAUACCUCGUUUGUGGAGAAUCCCUCAACCUCGUCCAAGUCAACGCCAAGAUACCGGACGCCAGGUCCUUCAGGUCGCCAAUCACGACUACCGCCGCCAUCUGUCAGGGGGACGGUGUCUGCCAGAGGAACGGCGGCGAGAGGCGCACGUGGAGCCGCCCGGGGUACUCGGCCGAGUGGGCUUGCGCGAGCUAGAGGACGGGGGGUGAGCUGAAGGCUUUGGGACAAAGAAAUCUCUCUGCCUCAUGCGCGCCAAGAGCCAGAUCCUGGACGGCAUCUCAUCUGGAUGGCCGAUACAUGAACACCGUGCCGAGACCCGCUA